AUGGCCUUCAAACCAUGUUCCUCUAAUAAUAUUGCUCUUUUCUUCACACUCAACCUCCUCUUCUUUGCACUUGUCUCUGGAUGUGGCUACAAAUGCCCUAACCCUAAUAAUCCAAAUCCCAACCCCAACAACCCAAAUAAUCCCAAUCCUAACCCUAAUAAUCCAAACCCCAGUCCCAGCCCCAACAAUCCAAACCCUAACCCUAACCCAAACAACCCUAACAAUAACGGGACAUGCCCACGCGACGCACUCAAAUUGGGCAUAUGCGCCAAUGUGCUGAGCGGUUUGUUGAACAUAACUUUGGGUCAGCCGCCGGUGACCCCCUGCUGCUCCCUCCUCAGCGGUCUUGUCGAUCUCGAAGCCGCAAUUUGCCUUUGCACGGCGCUUCGAGGAAACAUCCUUGGCAUUAACAUCAACCUUCCAAUCUCCCUUAGCCUGCUUCUCAAUGUCUGCUCAAGGCAAGUGCCACGUGGCUUCCAGUGUUCCUAA